UCAAAGUCUUUGUUGAGAAAGUGAACAGUAAAGCUCAUAUACGGUUCAGUGGUACGACUGGACCAUAGGUCCGUGGUGCUGGCGAAAAAGUCCACUUGGUGCAGCUCAGCCUUUACAGUCGCAACACAUGCCUCGUACAUCUGUGGAAUGGCGACUUGGGAGAAGUAGUUUCGCGACGGCACCUGGUAUCUCCGGUCCACUUCCUUCAUUAGAUCCAAAAAGCCCUCUUUGUCCACGGUAUAGGACUGAUCACGAAUGACGUCAAAAUGCUAUUUUUAGAACAGCGUACUGCGCAGGCGCCGCCGCCAUAUUGGAUUCGGACAAACAACCUGUAGAGCGUGUAUACUGUGUUUGUACGAGCAAAGUUGCAUUCCGAAUAUCCGAAUAUUUCUUUAACAAAACCAUUAUGGUAACAACUAAACACUGCUGCUUCGGUGUCUGCCGAAGUGACUCGCGAUAUAGUGACCGUGAACAUAUGAAGGAAGUUUUUUUCAUUCCAUUUCCAAAGCCCGGAAGAGAACCAGAGAAAUGCCAACGUUGGGUACGAGCUUGUAAACGGGAGAGAUUCACUGAGAAAAAUGUGACAAAGGAUACAUACAUUUGCUCUCUGCAUUUCCUCGGUGGAAAAGGGCCAACAAUUGAUGAUCCAGACCCAAUACCAGCAACAACAACAUCUGGACAGGUGGAGAAAAUAGCCCGCAAAAGGAAAGCUCCUACCCAAAGAAAUGAGGCUGUUUCUGAAGCAAAGAGAAAGAGGAAAAGAUUGACCCACAACAACACUCCAUCGUCAAGCACACCGAGUAGCCACGAGACAGAACAUGAAUCGACUGAUCUUCACAUAAAUGAUGAUACCACAGCUGCAACAGCCCUUCUGGACCUUUCUUCAGUUUCAGAUCUUUCAGCUGAAAUCAUCACGGAUAGCUUUGAUAAGAUGGACCAAUCCUGUCAGACCGAUGCUACAUGUGAUGAACUGAUUAAGUUAAAACUGGAAAACAAGAUUCAAAAAGAUGAACUCUCAAAGUGCAGAGAGCAAGAUGUAAAUGCACAGCAGAAAAGCACUUUUUCUGUUGAUGAUGUCAGAAAUGAUGACAAGCAGGCAAAAUUCUACACUGGUCUGACAUGGCUUCAGUUCAUGGCUCUCUGGAAUUUCCUUGGACCCUCUACAGAUAAGUUAACAUAUCACAAAAGCACAUUAAGGUCAGAAAUAUCUCCAAGUAAAAGGCCAGGUGUCAAAAGAAAACUGGAUCCCAUUAAUGAACUAUUUCUUACCCUAAUAAGACUGAGAACUGGCUUACUUCAUCAGGAUUUGGCAUUUAGAUUUGGAGUUUCUGUUAGUUUAGUCUCAAAAAUAGUCACCACUUGGAUUCAGUUUAUGUAUCUUGAGUUUUCCACAUUGAGAAAACAAAUGUUUGCAUCUCGAGAAAUUGUUGCCAGAAAUCUCCCUUCGUGUUUUAAGAGAUUCAAAGGGAUUAGAACCAUUAUUGAUUGUACUGAAUUUUUUGUUGAACAAGCCUCUAAUUUUGAGCAACAGGGUAAUCUGUACUCAUCGUACAAAAGUCAUGGGACAUAUAAAGUUUUAGUAGGUGUGUCCCCCACUGGCGCUGUUAUGUUUGUAUCUGAUGCAUACGAAGGGUCGAUCUCUGAUGUUGAAAUUGUAAAGCAAAGUGGAUUUCUUGAUAAUCUUGAAGCUGGGGAUCUUGUUCUAGCUGAUCGGGGUUUCACAAUAAGGGAAAUUUUAGCAGAAAGGGGGGUUCACCUUAACAUCCCACCAUUUUUGAGUGGGAGAAAACGGCUCACGCCAGAGGAAGAAAUUUACACUAAAAAGAUAGCAAGAGUAAGAAUCCAUGUUGAAAGAUGCAUCGAGAGAAUAAAAAAAUUUAGAUUGCUCAGUAAAGUUGUACCCCUGUCACUGCAGCCUGUAUUUUCACAAAUGGUUUUUGUUGCUGCCUGCUUAGUCAACUUUCAAGAACCACUUGUAACGUAACAGGAAAGAUGUUGAACGUGAGGUAGCAGUGAAGUUCUUGAAUUAAUUCAUACAUGAGCUGUUGAAUUAACUACUCUGUCAUGAAGUAAUUAAUUGUAAUAGAAAUGAAGUUCAAAUAAAAACAUUUCAGAUGCA